GUCCCCCCUAGCUAGCAGCAUUCCCCUCUGUAUCUCGCUGUACUUUGUCCCCUCCUCGGCCUGUCCCCCUCCUCAGCCGCACACUACACGGGAGAAGUUCCCAGCCGUCCCCCUGACGUCACCCGCCGCCGCCGCCGCCUGUUCCAGCCCUGAGUGAGGGGUCGGAGGGGUCGGCACUCAGGGGAGUCGAGUCCAUGAACUCCCGCAGGAAGAAUGAGCGUCCCCCGGGCUGUGCUGGUCCUGGGAGCCGUGCUGUGCUGCACCUCCUGCGCCCACACCACACCAGCUUCUUUCUUUGGUGACAGUUAUGUCGAACUGAAGAAAUUGGAAUUAUUGUCCAAAGCAUCACUUCAGUUACGUUUCCGAACCAGUAAAGGAAAUGGGUUACUCUUUCUUGCUGCUGGGAAACAUGAUUAUUGUUUGGUGGAGCUGCGCUCUGGGCAUGUACAGGCUAAAUUAAGACUUGGAAAUGAUGAGCAAGUACUUUACCUCAACCAAGGACCUCCUUUGGAUGACAUGGAAUGGCACUUGGUGAAAAUAGACCUUCAGAACACAGAAGUAACACUAAUGGUUGACAAAAAUGUUAAAUCUGGUGUUAUAAGUCCUGGAUUAGCAAAUAAUCUUCACAUUGACCAUGGCCUCUAUGUUGGUGGACCUGGAAGUCUUAAGGCUUCAUAUAUAAAAGACACACAUGAAAAUUUUAGAGGUUGUCUGGAUGAUGUUGUGUUCAAUGAGUAUGAAUUGCUUUCCUCCCUUCGUCCAUACCCUGGUCAGAAAAGUGUCCAUGAGGUUUCUCUAGGAUGCAGCUAUGAGUUCUUCAUAAGUGAAGAUGACCCCAUCAGUUUAUUCAGUUCUAAGUCCUUCUUGGCUUUUUCACAUUGGAACAUUGUGGAAGAUGCAGUCUGGGAGUGUUUAAUACAAGCUGCAGCUGGAAGAGGCUUGCUGCUAUAUCAUGCUGGGAAAAGCGAUGAUUUCAUAUCCCUAGAGAUAGUAGAUUGGGUGUUGAGAGCGAGUAUUGGGAAAGGAAAAAAUGUAGUACAUUUGGAUGCAUCAAGUGCUCUUAAUGAAAAUAAAUGGCAUCACAUUAAACUUACAAUAAGCUCAAGACAUCUUCAUUUGACUUUAAAUGAAAGAACUGAGAAGGCUUCCCUUAGCUUCCGUAUUAAAACACAUGGUUCUUUGUACAUAGGUGGCAUAGAUGAUGCAUCACGAGACCAAGCAAGGAGGUUAGGUUUAACAACACUUUCUGGAAAGCGUACCAAAGGAGCAUCGUUUAAAGGAUGUAUUAAAAACAUUAAAGUGAACAAUAUUAAAAUUGGGUUAAAGAAUGCCUUAGCCACGAAAGAUGUUUCACCUGGUUGUAAAACUGAGGUUGCAGUGAGCACUGUUCCUACACUACAGCCCAGAACCUCACAAAUAUUCUCUGUAUUGAAUACAACUACAGUGGCUACUACCACAAUACCCAAGAAUAAUCAAAAAGAUAACUUCCUUGUUCUUAAUAAUUUGGUGGUAGCAGAAGGAAGUAAAGCAGUCUUACAAUCGAAACAUAUCAAAUUAAAUUUGGAUUAUAAAAGGCUUGGUCUUCGGCAGUCACAAGUUUCGUUUAAGGUUGUUGAGUAUCCUUUACACGGACAACUAAAAAUAGAUGUUCCUUUGCAACAAGAUAAGGGAACCUUUACUAUGCUUGACCUGUGGCAUGGACGAAUUAGUUAUGUCCAUGAUGGCUCAGAGGGAACAAUUGAUCAUUUUAGCUUUUCUGUUAUUGCAACUGGCAAGAAGGAAGUUCCCCCGUAUCUGAAAGGAGAAGAGCUUCACUUGUUUAACAUUACUGUGACACCAACCAAUGAUGCACCAGAACUAUCUCUACCAGACGGAAAUUUAUUUUCAUUACUUGAAAAUUCCAAGAAACCCCUUACUGGUAGUCUGAUAAAAAUUUCAGAUGUGGAUACAGAACCACAAAAUCUUAACCUAGUAGUGCUUGGAAACCUCAAUGUAGAUGCUGGAUAUCUAGAAAAUUUUAAAGAUCCAGAUAAAGCUCUUACUUCCUUUCUUUAUUCAGAGCUACUUGAAGGGAAUAUUUUUUAUGUCCACCAUGGGGUGAAGAAUGCAAGGCUUGUGCUGAGGGUUAGUGAUGCUGAUAAAGUGAGCAAUACGGUUGUGUUGAGAAUUUUGGCUGUUCCUCUUGAAUAUAAAAUUGUGAACAACACAGGGAUAGAAGUAAUGCAAGGCUCUAGUGCUUUCCUUAGAACCAACAACUUAGCAGUUGAAACAAAUGCAGUGAAUCAGGACAUAGAAAUAAGAUAUGACAUUACGGAGAUACCAAAGUAUGGUCAUAUCCAAAGGAAAAGUUCUGGAAAUGAAUGGAAACCAGUGGCCUCAUUUACUCAGCGAUCUCUUGAGCGAGAACGAAUCCAAUACAUAAAUACUUUUAAAGAAAUUGAAGAUACCGAUGUAAUGGAUAGCUUAAAAUUUAAGGUAACCAUAGCAAACCAUUCCAGUGAAGAAAUGCUCUUUCAGAUUAAAGUCCAAUGGCUCAAGUUUGUAUUGAUAAAAAAUGAUCCUUUAACCAUAGAGAAUGGCAAAAACGCUACAAUUAGUUUGGAUAACUUACAAGUUGCAGUGAAGGGAGUCAACAUGGAUGACAUAUUAAUUUAUUAUAAGAUACAGUCUUUACCUAACAAAGGAAUGAUUCUGAACAAAAACAACAUUUUGAGCAAAGACGACAUGUUCAUACAGACUGAUAUAAUGGAAGGAAACGUUGCAUAUGUAUUACACAAACAACCUCAUGAAGAUUCCCAGGAUUUCUUUGACUUCAUAUUGCUCACAAAAUAUGCUCAAUCCAAGCUGUCUAAGUUUAUUAUUAGCAUAAAAGCAGACUUGAACAGCAUAAUUUUGACUAACAAAGGCUUGUCGCUAGCGGAGGGUGAAACAAGGCUCAUAACGAAAGACGAGCUCUUUGUACAAACCUUAAGUAAUAGAACUUUUUCUUUUAAAGUAUUGAAAAGUCCUCUCCAUGGAAAGCUAAAGCGAAUUAACUUUUCAGAUUCCCUUGUAAGCAAUGAUAACAUAACCUCUUUCUCUAGCCAAGAUAUUUUGGGUGAACGUCUUAUGUAUGUUCAUGAUGAUUCAGAGACCGUAUCUGAUGCCUUUGUCGUUCUCGCGUCCUCUGACAGUGUUGAUUCUGAUGCAACACCCGUGGAGACAGAAUUUGCUUUUAUUAUAUCCAUAGAGCUGAAGAAUGACGAAAAGCCGGUCCGUGUAGUUGACAAGCUAUUUCACGUGGUUAGGAAUGGUAAGAAGUUGGUAACUUUAGAGGACUUGUGCUACCAAGAUUCUGACACAGAUUUUGAUGAUGGGCAAUUGCUUUACACCAGACGAGGUAUUCCCAAUGGAGAUCUGGUUUCUUCUAAUGAUACUUCGAAAAAGCUCUACCAGUUUACUCAGGAUGACUUGAAAAAUAACCGUGUGCUCUAUGUACAUCAUGGGACAGACUAUGGUCGCUUUGUCUUGUUUGUAACAGAUGGAAAACAUUACACAUCUUCACUUCUAGAAGUCAGUGCCUCCGAGCCUUACAUGAAGAUAAUAAACAACACAGGAUUAUUGGUGCAAAAAGGCAAAGAGAACAUAUUAACAACCGCCAACUUCAGCAUUGCCACUAACAUGUAUGUUGAAAGUGACCGCGACAUUCAGUAUUUCAUUUCAUCCUCACCAAAACAUGGAACGAUUUACAUACAGAACUUGGUAAAGGAAUCCUUUACACUCCAAGAUUUAAAGAAUGGCCAUGUGGUUUACAAGCAUAAUGACGGUAACCAUCUUGUAGACACAUUCAACAUUGCAGUAAAAAUAGACACAGUGACUCUUGAUGUCAGUAUUAAAGUUCGUGUCUAUUUGGAAAGUCAUCAAAAACCUCCAGUGGUGCAAAGUCUUGAAAGCCUUGUGGUUGAAGAAGGAAAGCCAGUUAAAAUAGGCACAAACAAGCUGCACGUUGUCCAUGAAGAUAACACUCCCAGCGAGAUUGUGUUCACUGUAAUGACAAACCCGUCAUAUGGAUACAUCCGUAGAUUUGAAUCAAGUGAAGGCCUUUUUUCUGAAGAUCAAAAAUCCAUAACAACAUUUACACAGCAGGAUAUUGACCAGGAAAUGAUUCAGUAUGUGCAGACUGCUGCCGGUCAAUUACAGGAUAAUUUUACGUUAGACAUCACGAACGGAGUACGAGAAAUAAAUGGCAUUACAGUGUCCAUCAAUAUAAUUCCAAUCCUUAUUCCACUGGAGAUCCAAAAUAUUACCGUGAUGGAAGGAGCAUCCAAAGCCUUGACUCAAGAUUAUCUACGUAUUUCCAACAAACACUUCCAAGAUCUUCAUUUAGAGUUUGUCCUUCUAGAUGAACCGAAAAAUGGUUAUUUAGAAAACACACGGUUUCCUGGGCUAAAGUUAUCAAGAUUUAACAAGAAACAGAUUGAACAAGAGCUGAUUUACUAUGUCCACGAUGACAGUGAGACAUCACAGGAUAACUUUACCAUCAUCGUGAACAGUACUGAACUUUCCAAGCAAAGUCUUUCACGGUCCAUAUUUGUCACCGUCACUCCUGUAAAUGACGAAUUUCCAGUAAUAACUGUUAAUAAGAUUUUUCGGGUGUGGGUUGGCUCUGUGACUGUAGUGACAACCAAUGUUCUGUCUGUUGAAGAUAAGGACUCCUCCCCUGAGGAUCUUGUGUUCUCCAUUACGCCACCAAGCAAUGGCCAUCUUGCCAUCAAAUCUCAUUUGGAUAAAAGCAUUCUGAAUUUUACCCAGCAGCACAUAAACGAUGGCCACUUGGUGUUUGUUCAUAGUGGCGCGAUGUCUGGAGGUUUUAACUUCCAGGUAACAGACGGUCUAAACUUUGCACCAAGACAAAUUUUCAGUAUCACAGCAAGGACGCUUGUCAUCAAUGUAGAAAUCAACAAAGGGCUGGGUGUUUUUCCAGGAAUGAGGAGAACAAUUUCAUCAGAUGUAUUGAAAGCUGUAACCAAUGAUGAGAAGAAUCCAAAUAACCGUUCUAUAAUUUUUGGCAUCACUACUUCUCCCAAGCAUGGGAAGAUCUUAAAGUUUAUUCAAGAAAAUGCCUCGGAGGAGGCCUCCAGCUUUACACAGCAGAUGAUUGAUGAAGGAAAAAUUGUAUAUGAGCAUACUGAUACAGAAGCGUUGGUGUGGAGUUUGCAGGAUUCCUUUACCUUCACUGUGUCCUCUCCUCCAGCUCGUUUGGAAAUGCAAGUUUUCCUUAUCACAAUAUCAUAUGAGAUCAAUGAUCCCAACAGAUAUAGUCGCCUUAUUGCCAAUACAGGUGCCUCUGUGGUGGAAGGAGGAAAAGUACAAAUAGACAAGUCAAAGUUAGAUGGGUCAAAUCUCCUAGCCCGACUGCCAGAAUCUCAACGUUCCUUCUAUGAAGUCUGGUUCCAGGUGACCUCUUUGCCCAAGCACGGUAUGAUUAUAGUAGGCGAUAGGAACAUCACGAAAGAAAAGCCAAACUUCUCCCAGUACAUCAUCAAUAAAUUUGGGAUUACAUACGUACACGAUGGAGCGGAAUCGCCCACAGAUUACUUCACUUUUGCCACAUGGUUAAAUUUAAAAAGCAAAUCUGCAGUAAAGCCGGACAUGGAUGUGAUAGAAGAGAGGUUCAAUAUUACUGUCAUUCCAGUUAAUGACCAAGUGCCUGAGCUUAAGACAAAGCGGCCAAGUUUGACCAUUUUGCAGGGAAGAAUGAUGGCUUUGGGUCCAGAAAACCUAAACGUUGAAGAUCUAGACAAUCCUCCUGAAGAUAUAAAAUACACUGUCAUUAGUUUGCCUAACAAUGGUUACUUAGCAAAAUCCGACAAUCUUAAUAUUUCUGUCCAAGCAUUUACCCAGGCAGAAGUAAAUAGUGGUGACUUGUGGUUUGUACAAGAUGGAAGUCCAAAUUCUGGAGUGUUUUAUUUCAGCACGUCCGAUGGUAAACACAAGCCACUGUAUAAACUCUUUAACUUGGAAGUGAUACCAGUCUCCAUUACUAUGAUUAAUAAAACCAAUCUGGUCCUUCUGCAAGGGCAAACUUCUUUGACUCUGUCGAAUAGCAAUUUAGCAGCAACAACAGAUGGAAAGAGUACAGUCAUCAGUUAUGCGGUAUCACAGAAUCCCCAGUUUGGCAUCUUCAUGCUUGAUGGUAAACCUGUGACAACAUUUGAACAAGCAGAUAUAGACGUGGGAAAAGUAACUUAUCAUAUUGAAAACUUUACUGUGUCUGAAGAUUCUUUUGAGGUUUUGAUCUUUACUUUAGAAACUAACCUCACCGGACAGGGAUUGAACAUCACAGUGAAACCACUAAUAAAUAUCAGACCAGAUCUCAAAGUCCCUACUGGCCUAGUGUACACUUUAAAGACCAUGGAUUUAGAUGCAACUGAAUUGGGAAAUCUAACCAUCAGUGACCCAGAAUACCAUAUAAAUCAGCCGCCAGUGUAUGGAAAAAUACAGAGAAAAAUGCUUAAAAAAGAUUCCUAUGCAGAUGUUGAGAUGUUCAAACAAAGUGAUAUUGAUACAGGACGUAUAUCGAUGUAUAUUGAUGCCAACAUCACAGACCAGGAAGUGUUGAAUGAUUCCUUUGCUUUUAUGCUAAAAGCGCAUGGAGUGCCAUCUGCCCUGGGGUAUUUUACAUAUUCAAUUGUCCCUUAUGAACCAUUUAUGAUAGAAUCUACCACUGCUUCAGGAGCGUCAUCAGUCAGCUCUGGUGCUCUCUUGUAUACCACUGUGGGCUAUGAGAGAAGGACAACAAAUUAUUGGCUGACUAAAAACCUUACCGAAGUUCCUAUAAAAAGAUUUGGUAACCGCAAUCGUUGGGGCAACCAAAACAUUGAGGAACCGAUUGCAUCUGUAGAGGUAGCACCUACCACCCAUACCAUUAGAGACACAACCAUAAAAGUGGUAGCAAUUACUCCAAAAGCUGAGCUUAGUCAGACCAGUCCUCUUUCUGUUAUUAUUCCAGUGGUAGUUCUUAUCUUCCUUCUUCUUGCAAUCAUCUUCAUUGUCUGGUUCCUUAUUAGAAAACGGAAGGCAAAAAAGGCUCCACCACAUGUUAGAAGUCAUUCCUAUAGCAUGGUACCCCAGGUACCCUCCCCGUGUACAGAGCAAAGUGCUACUGUACCCACUGUGACGGUGACCCCUCUGCAAACCAAUGACUAUUGUUCAGUAAGUCCUUUGCUGCCAUCAAGACAUGACCACUUACGAACAAACUCUGCUCCCUCCUUAGUAGUCAGUAGUCAACAGAACUCUUGGCUACAGAUGGAUCCAGAAAUGAUAGAACAUUGUCGGAAGACUAAUCCAACCCUUAAAACCAAUCAGUACUGGGUAUAGAAAGCUAUGCCACAUUCAGUGUAUAGAAAACAUAUUUUAAAAAUAUGUAUAUUUAUGGUAUCUGACGAAGUAUUCUGCAGUAUAUUUAUUUUGUCUUAUCAGGAACUAUGAAGAAGAUAUGCUGGAAUAAUUAGGGUUUUCUUAAAGGCUAUUGUCACUCUUGAUGUAUAACAAUUAUUUUUAUGUAUGUUAGUAAUUACCUUAUGCAAUCUCUGUUUCUUAAUUCCCAUUCAGACCCCCUAAUAUGUCUUUUGUAAUAUGCCCCUAGUUUCAGACUCUUCUGAUGUGCACAUGUCUCUCCAAGUAAUGCAUGCUAUCUGUGAGUUCUGUGUGGAAGAUUCUGCUGCCUUCACUAGCUCUCAUGCACCAGCACAGCUUCAUUAUUGUACUGCCUUCCCCUUCUACAGCUAAUAAGGGAUCUCUUUUUCCUUAUACUGACACAUCUUGAUGCUGAGGAACAUGAGCAUCAUUUUAAGUGUAGCUCCCAUAGCAGCAGCUAUGGGACUACAAAGUUAAAGGGUUAACUCAGAACCCUGUAUCUUUUAGUAGAAAAUAACAGGUUAGUAGCUUUCUGUUAAGUAACGCUAUUAGGUGAGCACUCUGAUAUAUGUUGCUAUUAUCCCCAUACAUUACAUUUUUGCUAGUUGCUGCUGCUUUGGUGGUGGUGGUGGGGGCGUGACAUUUUGCUCUAUUCCCUGGAAUGUCUUUAUGGGGUACUGUCCUCUCUUCCUACACAGAAGCUUAGCCUGUGUGAUUUACCGUAUUCCCCUGCAGAUUGCCAUGUGUGAUCUUGACUCCCUAAAGACUUGGAUGUUUUCCUUCGUCUUCACAUUAUUAUCUACAGGAAUAAACUUCUUGCUCCUCCCUACUGGAAUCUCCAACUCAGAGAUAAGGGAGAGCAGACAGCUAUCACAGCUAGGAGUAAUGUGCUGUUGGGUGCUAAAAGCAGCAGGACAGCCAUCUAUGUAAUGGUUGCAUAGAUUCUACCGCAGCAAAAUAGUACAGAAUUUUUAAAGGAAGUAACUUACUAGUUAGUAAGUUACUUAAUAUUCCAUUUAGGAAGCAGAUUAAAAAGGCAGCACAAAGGUGUCCAUAGCCUUUUAUGUCAUUAUACCUACCUCCCUUAUUCUGUACAGGCUACUGAUACAGUUUUUUUUUGUCUAGAGAUUCUCCUUCUAAAUGUAUUUAUAUGGUUCAUAGCAUGGGUUAAAUAUGUGGAAUAGCAUGGCUUCAUUGUUGCAAAGAUGCCCCUUCCUUCUCUGCUAAUGGCACAGCGUCAGUCACAGGGAAAUGGACAUCCACAUUUUACCAGGUUUUAGGUUCAGUAUUCUGUGCAGUAUAAUUUCAUAACAUAUCUUCAUAGUGUCGGAGCACCAGUUUUCUGAUCGCUUUAAAUCUCCAGCAUAUAUUUACAGUUAAAAAAAAUAAUGGUAACUGUGUGCUGUCAGAAUUUUAGAUGGGACAUAUAAGUUUAUUGCAUACUAUUUUAUCAUUGAGUAUAAUAUAUAGUAAUAUGCAUUAUACCUCUAAUGUUCCCCAUAUGUGUGCAUAAUUUUGGACCUAUUCAGAUUAAAAAAGGUGAUCAAGGAUGAACAGUAACUUGUAUAUGAGGUUGACUCCAUUCUAUCUUAUAGUACUUAAAAAAGGAUUGGUGCUUAAUGGAGAACUGAGAGCAUGGAGGUUUGGAAGUAUGUAGACCAAGUUUGUCUCUGACUUACUGCCAUGAAAAAAUGUCAUCAUACACAGUGGUCCUCAUUUACAAAGACUGGAGUGUCGGUUAGGUUUUUUUUUUCCAGUGUACUCGUCUUUUUUUCCCUUGUGAUUUACUAAUCUGUCGCAUGUGUCGUUUUUUUUUGUGUCGCACGAUAUUAAAUUCUGUCGCACGGGAAUAAAAAGCGUUGCACUGGAAAAAUAAAAAUUAAACCAAAUAAAUAAAGUAAAGUUACUCUGCACAAGGAUGUAACUUUACAUUCAUGAUUGUUAAUGGGUUAACAACCCAAAAGUAAAAAAAAAAAAUAUAUAUAUAUA